GAUGUGCCUGAGUUAGAAGAUGUGGAGGUUGAGGAGCAGCUGGCCAUGGUCCCCCAGGAGACCAAGAAAACAUAUAAACCAAAGAUAGAAAUGAUGGACGAUGAGGACGAAGACACGAAACAAGAUGGAGGUUCUACAAGAUUGUUGAUAGAGGAAGUUACGACAUCACAAACUCCACAAAGAGAUAUACAAACUGAUCAAAAGUCGACACGCUUGUUAAUUGAAGAAGUGGCCACCACAGAUCAGACAAGCACUGGAUCUAGUCAGAUGUCAUAUGAAGCCACACAGAAUGUACAUUCAGAAGAACUUCUCGGCAACCUUGGAAAAAUAGCUGCCACCAGUGGCAAACAGAUGGGAACUCUUCAGUUCACAGAGGAGGAGAAAGCAAUUAUUGAUAAAAAGACAAAGGAAGAGAAAAUUAGUGACUUAGCAGCCAAUGCUGGCUCUACUGACGGUAAGAAGGACGCCCUCAACAAACUUCUGUGGAACGAUUCAGAACUAGAUUGAUGUUUUUGUGUAUCAUUGGAUCACAGAAUCGACAGUCCUUUAGACUCGGGACACACUGAUAGCCACAAAUUAUGAGGAUAUUGUGUGGAUUCAUGUUACAACUGGAGCAAGCAAAUUAAUGAUACAAUUGCAAAGUGGAUUUACACAAUUCCUGUCAAAGAUUCUGUAACAUUUCAUACUGACCAGAGUUAUACAGUUAUACCUACAGUUGGUGUCGGACCAUACUGACCAGAGUUAUACAGUCAUACGUACAGUUGGUGUCGGACCAUACUGAUCAGAGUUAUACAGUCAUACAUACAAUUAGUGUCGGGACAUACUGACCAGAGUUAUACAGUCAUAAAUACAAUUGGUGUCGGGACAUACUGACCAGAGUUAUACAGUCAUACGUACAGUUGGUGACUGACCAUACUGACCAGAGUUAUACAGUCAUACGUACAGUUGGUGUCGGACCAUACUGACCAGAGUUAUACAGUCAUACGUACAGUUGGUGGCUGACCAUACUGACCAGAGUUAUACGGUCAUACGUACAGUUGGUGUCGGACCAUACUGAUCAGAGUUAUACAGUCAUACAUACAAUUAGUGUCGGGACAUACUGACCAGAGUUAUACAGUCAUAAAUACAAUUGGUGUCGGGACAUACUGACCAGAGUUAUACAGUCAUACGUACAGUUGGUGGCUGACCAU